AUGUUACAAAUUGUGAAUCGAAAUAAUCAAGCAACACAAGUCGUUCCUCUCAAGAAUGUGAAUAUCCAUAGUACGAUUCGUUCAUUUGCAGCUGAUGUAACAAUUACGCAAGUAUUUCGCAAUGAUGAAGCAAUACCGAUCGAGGCUGUUUAUUGCUUUCCAAUCGAAGAACAAGCAGCAAUUUAUGCAUUCGUAGCUCGUAUUGAUAAUCGAGAAAUAGUCGCUGAAUUAAAAGAAAAGAAAGAAGCACAAAAGGAUUAUACUGAAGCAUUAGAACAAGGUCAUGGAGCAUAUCUUAUGGAACAAGAUGAAAAAUCACAAGAUAACUUCAUUAUCAACGUUGGUGCAUUGCCUCCGUCAAAAGAAUGUACAAUCACGAUCUCGUAUGUUACUGAACUGGACCUUGUUCAAGGUUCCAUCAUUCGAUUCGUAGUACCGACGACUAUUGCACCUCGGUACAAUCCUGAGAGAGGUGGAAUAAGCUCACCAGCAGACACGAAUGCUCAGUACAUCCAAACAAGUCCGUAUACGAUCGAAUUCUGCUGUCAAGUGGAAAACUUGGAUGGCAACCAGAUUGCACGCAUCAAUUCCUCAUCGCAUCCGAUUGAAAUCGAUCUUUCACAACGAGAUUGUUACACAGUGAAAUUCGCCCAACAAAAUACUCAUCUAGAUCGUGAUAUUCUAAUUAAUAUUGAACUUGCUGAAAAACACGAUACUUUCAUUGCAACCAUUGAAUCGAAUACAGUCAUGGCUACGUUUAUGCCUACAGAAGAUGAUUGUCAACGUGUAACCAAAUUUGGCAACGAAACAAAUGAAUUUAUCUUCAUUGUAGACUGUAGCGGAUCCAUGGAUGAUGAGAAUAAGAUUGAACUAGCUCGACAAGCAACCUUACUCUUUCUGAAAAGUUUACCGAUGAAUUGUUAUUUCAAUAUUAUUCGUUUUGGAUCAAACUAUGUGACCCUAUUCAAUGAAAUCACUGUAGUUUACAAUGAAGACAAUGCUCGACAAGCUGAAGCGCUUGUCAAGACUAUGCAAGCCGAUUUGGGCGGUACUGAACUUUUAAAACCUCUCAAAUGGCUUGAACAACAUGCACCAACUCAAGGACAAUCUCGUCAGAUUUUUCUUCUUACUGACGGUGAGAUUUCCAAUGUUACCGAAGUAUUAGACUUGUGUCGUUCAAUGGCUUCAUCAACACGAAUUUUCUCGUUCGGUUUGGGUCAUUCGCCUAGUCGCUCGUUAGUCAAAGGUCUUGCACGAUCAACAAAUGGUCGAUUUGUUUUUAUUCCUCCGAAUAGCACUGUUGAUGUUUACGUUGGAGAACAAUUGCAAAAAGCUCUUCAACGAUGCAUUACUAAUGUAGGAGUGAAAUGGAAUCUUAGCACAGCCGUUGUGGAAACUAUUCCAAAUCAAUUACCACCAGUCUAUGCUAAAGAUCGUUUAAUUGUCUAUGGUCUCUUAGAUGAUAAGUCGAUUCCGUUCGAUCAUAACUCAUCUGUUGAACUUCAAGUUGAUCAACAACAACUGAGUGUCGCAAGUAUCAGUCGAAUACCUAGUAUAAGUGAAAACGGAAUGAUUGCACGUCUUGCAGCCAAAGCACUCAUUUUAGAAUUGCAACACGCUAAACGACCUGCUAAAAGAACGACAGUUGGUAGUCGACAAUCUCGUUUCCAGGACAACGUAGAAGAAUCAAACGAUCCGACAAUAUCGAAAUUAAAAGAAACCGAAAAGAAACGUAUUAUUGAAUUGUCAUUACAACACAAGAUUUUGAGUCCGCACACAGCCUUUAUCGGUAUCGAAAAACGAACAGAUGGAAACAAUGCUCAUAUGGCUCUUCGAGAAGUACCGAUUCAAAUAUCGGCUGAUGAUCAACAUCUAAGACCGACUCUACACAGACUGACCAAUGCAGCUAGAUCUAGUAGUAUCAAUCUUACGACCAGCUCCACAUAUAGCUUUAGUGGUUCUUGUCGUGGUGAUAGAGGUCUUGGACGUAGUGACAUUGGUGCCUUCGAAACCUCUACAAAAUCAAUUUCUUCCAAGUUACGCAACAAAAUUGGUUAUCUGUCUGAUUAUCGAAUGGCAUCGUCAAGACGAAGAUCAAGAUCAAGGUCAAGGUCGCGCUCACCACCGAAUCGGGAAGACUACUUCCUUAACCGUUCGAAUAAGCAUAUAAGAAAUGUUCCAACCCAGUCCAAUCCAUCAGAAUGGCCGUCGAACGAUCAAGAUACCGUUCGUCACUUAAUUGAUAAGCAAAAUUUUAAUGGUCUUUGGCAUUUGGAUGCUGAAUCCAUUCGACAUCUAACAGGCCAACCUUUAGCAAAUUUUCAAUCGAUACAUACUGAUGUACCAGUACUCAUUUCGGCUAUUGUAUUAAUUCUACUUGAGACUCGUUUUGGUGCAUUUGUAUCUAUGUGGCACGGUGUUGCACAAAAGGCUCGUACAAUCAUCAUCGAAAAACUUGGCAAAGAUCCGAAAAACCUCGAAACUUUACUUGAAAGUAUUCGAAAACAACUGUGA